CACCGCGCACAUGCCGGCCCGGCCCCUCACGCAGGCGGCGGCCCCGCCUCUACUUAAAGCGCUCCCGCGGCCACUGCCGCCUCCUUCUCCUGUGCCGUGCCGCGGCCCGCCAGCAUGUCGGACCGGCUGCCGUACAAAGUGGCUGACAUCAGCCUUGCUGACUGGGGUCGAAAGGCCAUUGAGAUUGCGGAGAAUGAGAUGCCAGGGCUGAUGAAGAUGCGGGAGAUGUAUGCUGCAUCAAAGCCGCUGAAAGGUGCACGUAUUGCCGGUUGCCUUCAUAUGACUGUGCAGACAGCAGUUCUCAUAGAGACCCUUAUAGAGCUGGGAGCGGAGGUACAAUGGUCAAGCUGCAACAUUUUCUCCACUCAGGACCAUGCUGCAGCUGCUAUUGCAAAAGCUGGUAUCCCUGUGUUUGCCUGGAAAGGGGAGACUGAUGAGGAAUAUUUGUGGUGCAUUGAGCAGACCCUGUACUUCAAGGAUGGGCAGCCCCUCAACAUGAUUUUGGAUGAUGGUGGAGACCUUACCAACCUAGUUCAUACCAAAUACCCACAGCUCUUGAAAGGAAUUAGAGGUAUUUCGGAAGAGACAACCACUGGAGUUCACAACCUGUACAAGAUGAAGGCUAAUGGGACCCUGAAAGUGCCAGCUAUCAAUGUUAACGACUCUGUCACCAAGAGCAAGUUUGAUAACCUGUAUGGGUGCAGAGAGUCCCUCAUCGAUGGCAUCAAGCGUGCUACAGAUGUCAUGAUUGCUGGAAAAGUAGCAGUCGUGGCAGGUUACGGUGAUGUGGGCAAAGGCUGUGCUCAGGCUCUGCGAGGCUUUGGAGCUAGAGUCAUCAUCACUGAAAUUGAUCCCAUCAAUGCACUGCAGGCAGCCAUGGAAGGUUAUGAAGUUACAACCAUGGAGGAGGCCUGUAAAGAAGGCAAUAUCUUUGUUACCACCACUGGCUGCACUGACAUUGUUCAGGGCAGGCACUUUGAGCAGAUGAAGGAUGAUGCCAUAGUGUGUAAUAUUGGUCAUUUUGAUGUGGAAGUUGAUGCAAAGUGGCUGAAUGAAAAUGCAGUAGAGGCGGUGAAUGUUAAACCUCAGGUGGAUCGCUAUACCCUGCGCAACGGUCGUCACAUUAUAUUGCUAGCAGAAGGCCGACUGGUCAACUUGGGCUGUGCCAUGGGUCACCCUAGCUUCGUCAUGAGCAACUCCUUCACCAACCAGGUGCUGGCGCAGAUCGAGCUGUGGACCCAUAGUGACAAAUAUGCUGUCGGAGUCCAUUUCCUGCCGAAGAAGUUGGAUGAAGCCGUGGCUGCUGCUCAUCUGGAUAAACUGUGUGUGAAGCUGACGAAGCUGAGUGACAAGCAGGCCAAAUACCUAGGCUUAUCAAGAGAUGGGCCAUUCAAGCCAGACCACUACAGAUACUGAGCAGGUGGCACUACCCAAAGACCAAAGUGCAGGGAUACAACCUUCCAAAGCUCUUGUGUGUGCUGGGCGUCCGAGAACAGGCCCUUUGCUGUACCCCUCUCAGUGCUGCAGAACCCCUCCCCUUACAGAGGGAGCUUCAGGGCCUUAUUUGUUAGUGAAGGAGGAUCACUGACUCUUGGGAUUGGCUACUUAGCUAAUGCCAUGGUGGAAAGGAUCCUACACACCUUGUACUGGCUCCGAAUGUCCCAAUCGGGGAGCAGGGCAGAAGACUGCUAAAUGACAAGACUAAGCAUUUUCAAAUAUGUGACUGACAGCCUUUUUGAACAGACUAACCAAUAAAAUGGGAAAAGGUUUCUACAGGGAGAUGCUUAAUGCCAUGCCCUGCUCAAAUUAGAUGAAUCCUAUUAGGAGGCUAGCAGUGUCAGGCUUCUCUCCCCAGAGGUUCCCUAGCUGAAGUGCAUGUUGCAAAACUGGAGGAAGUAUGGAGGAGUAUAGGUAGCUCGGUCUCCUUUCUGUAGAAUCAACUUAAUCUCCUUGGGGACUUGGAGCUGGAGUCUUUUUCUGGGUGAAUUUACUCCAUUGGUUUUGGUUAGAACAAAGAACAUUCUGUGCUUCUUCCACACCAAGGAGGGGUGAGGCAAGAGUGACUCUUUUAGCAGCCUUCUAGUGUGUUGUGAACAGCUGGGAAGCCACUGAGGGGAUGUUGGUUAGGUUUAGGGACCUUGUUUGAUCCUCUGAAAACACCAGCAGCACACUUCUACCCCCAACUUGAUUUUUCAGUCGUCAUGUCUGCUGUAUCUUGUUUGUCACUUAAAGUGCUUUUAUUAAAGAUCUGACUGUGGCCUGA